UCGCGUGGCGAGUUUGCGUGACGUCGACUAGCUGAUGGCUCUCAUAAUCAAAAGGCGUGGGCAUGCCCGACAGAGUUUGAUAUCUAUUUGAUAGAGAACCACCGAUAUCUGCUUAGAUUCAAUAGGCAUUGCUCAGUUAUUAUAGAAUGUACUACAGUCGUGUCACAUCUUGACAUAGUUCAGUUGUGGGAGAAAGAGACUUACUGUCGAUUAGAGAGAGGAGUUCAGUGUGGCCAUAGCAUCGUCCCAGUUUGGAUGCAUCAUCGUUUUGUUCGUGCCAGCUUACAAUCUUCGAGCGCUCGAAGUUAGUUCGGGUUUUCCAUUAUUUCACUUACUGAUUUCUGGAAGUGGGACACCGCAGUAAAAGGAAACCAGAAUGGAAGGCCACAAAUCUUUUUCCAUUGAUGCUCUCCUGUCGAAAGAUCCGCCGUGCUCAGCCCGAGCCGUGAAGCCGCGCAGUCCGACGGCUGCUACUGCCGCUAGCACGCUGACUGCCGUGCAGUACGCGGGAAUCCAGGGCCAACUCCAGGCCGCACUCAGUGAGCGCCUGGCCUACUUCCACGCUCACGCCCCGAGCAGCCAGAGCGCCAACAACUCGGCCCGGAUGCUAGCCGCAGCCGCCACGGGCAGUAUCAUCCCCAAGCCGGGUCUGCUCAACCUGCAGCCGCCCGGCGUGCACGGCCCGGCGUCCGCCGUGGUUUCGUCCAAGCACAGCACGGCCGGCGGAGUGGCGGUGCCUGCCAUCUACGCUCACCCGCUGUACGCCGGCUACCUAAACGGACAGCAUCACGGGAUGGCUCACCUCAGCGCCUUCCACGCGGCUGCUUCCGAACACAUGUUGAUGAAGGCAGCAGCUCAUGGAGCAGGUCUGCCUGCUGGAAUUCCUAUGGAUCUCAUCCGAGGAAACAUGAUGAUGCAAAGAAUUGGAGACUAUCCUGGCCACCAACACCCCACGAUCCUGGGCAAGACCCGACGGCCCAGGACCGCCUUCACCAGCCAGCAACUCCUGGAGCUCGAACAACAAUUCAAGAAAAACAAGUACCUGUCCCGACCCAAACGCUUCGAGGUGGCCACGUCCCUGAUGCUAACCGAGACACAGGUCAAGAUCUGGUUCCAGAACCGACGAAUGAAGUGGAAACGCGGCAAGAAGGUGAAGGAGUCCCAGAUCGCGGAGGGGGAGAAGGAAGCCGCGGCCAAUCCCGACGAGGGACGGCCUGAGCACGGACCGGCCCCGCUGGAGAAAAUCCACCCGGAAGAAGACCACGUUGGUAAGACAGAAGUCCGCAGCGACGGCUCCGUCGAGGGUAUCGGGAUCCAUGACGACGACUACUACGACGACGACGAUGGCGAGGAGGACGAAGAUGACAUGGAGGACGAGAUGAUUGCGGAGGGAUACCUCCACGACAGCUCGUCCAGUGAACGGGCGAACAACAACGCAGGGGACAAUGACAACUGCAACGGUGGCAAUCGGAAUCGAUAUUCCUCCGCCACUGGCGAGCGGAGCCUUGACUGCCACCCCGUUGAACCAGUGCAUUAACCGAACAGCAAACGCGGCUGCUGACCAGAUCUUGACCAAUUGUAAUUAGUGCUGUGACAGUUGAAUGUAUAGUGCUAUAUACAUGUAGGCUAUAUUGCGCUUUUUGACUGGCCAGAUAUUUUCAGAGCCAUUCCUGUUCAAAACUUAAAUUCAGAGUAAUUAGGACUUUCUAUGUGGUUGUAAAUAAAUGUAAAAAAAGGUGUUAGGAGUCCUUUAAUUUUGUUGGAAAUCAAAGUGUACGUGCGGAUGAACGUGUAUAAAAAGACAUACUCAUAAAGAGAAGAGAUAAAAAGCUGAAUCUAAAAGACUCAUAUUAUUUGUGAUUCAGAAUUCGGGUAUAUAACUUUUCUUUGUCACUGAUUGAAGUGAUGAUAACUGAUCAGACCACGCAGCUGACUUCAAUACAACUAGUUUCUCUUAUACAUUUCCCGCCGUUUUCCCUGUAUGAUCAGAUACACGCACUUCCGUGUGCGUAUUUUAAAAAUUGCUUUUGUCCAGUGACAGACAGGUUUUAUGGACCAAAAUGGAUUUGUUGGAACUGUUCCAGAUUAUGUUCAUUGCGAAUUGCGUUAAGUGUUAUUUGUAAUUUUCUAACGAAGGCUCCAUUCCUUUUUUUCCCCAUGGGUUUAUCGAAAUGCAAUGCGAUGCUAUGUCAUAAUGCUUCAUUGAACAUGGAAAUAGCAAACGGUUGGAGAACAAGUGACCAAAAACUGAUAAAAGAUGCGCAUUUGUAUCUAACGAAAUUUCCGGACCAAAAACAUGUUUACGGGGAUAAUACAGUCAAUGCAAAGGACUACAUUUGCGGUACUUCAUUACAAUCGCAUUAUCUGCAUACAAAUACACAAAACGUGGCGUGGCCAUCAUACUCUCAUCGGUCAUCGACAAGGUUAUAUAGGUGGUAAUGCAUUACCAGUGUUUAUGUAUAGAGUAGAUUUUGUCUCAGCAGGAAUGUCCAACACCUUUGCCCUUUUAUAUUGUGGGUUGAGUAUCAGAUAACAUAGUUAUUAUUGUUUGAGUUAAGGAGAGCGUUAAGCGUUUCUUUUUGUAGCUUCUUGAAUAGUGCGAAAGUGGGGGACACUGGAAAGGGGGCCGUGUGUAAGCAGAUCGAAACCAGCAAACUCUCCAAAGUGGCGUUUGGCGAACUGGGGGAAAUUGGAAAAAUCGGGCUGUGUCAAAGUAAGAGUGACGAGGCACCGACUUUGCAAGACAGAAGGGUGAACGUUUGACGCUCGCUUUAACGCUCUGCUAUACAGCACCAAGCACUCUGCACAAACAUACACGCUUUAAAAGGUAGGCCUAAUACUUUUAAUAAAGUACCGCGCGGUGUUCGUACGUCAUUGCUUGUGCAGUGCAGAGGUGCUGCUGCUGUUCACUGGGGCCAAAUUAAUCUGAAAUCAAUAAAUUAUUUUAAAGCAAUUUUUUUAAGUUCACGUUUGUAAAUAUCUUAGUGUUCACAGUGUAAAUUGGCAAGAAACGCCUUAUGAGGUAAUGUGAAUUCAUGUAUCUUAUAAUAUGAAAGUUUUUUGUUUAAAGAAAGAAAGGUUAAUGAAAACACCUGCGGAAUUAUUCUUACAACUUUAUAGUAAUGACUCUAAGAUCUUGCUUUCAUCUUACUUUAAAAAGAAAAGCAAAGCUUGGUCGUUAGUAAUACGAAAACAGCAAAGUGCAACCUGUGUUCAGACCGCAAUCUUGGGGUCUCGGCAUAAAAAGCAGGUAUUAGCUUACUGACAAAUUCCGAAGGACAUGUUUUAUGAUGCUUCGAUGAGGCACCUGUUUGGAAUAAAGCAGAUGCAGUUAUAACACAUGUGGAGAUAUGUAAAUCAAAUAUCCCAAAUCCUAAUAUCUAAACAAAUAUUGAAAAACGAGCAUGACAAUGUCCUAAUUGCCAAAAAUGUAUUAAACUUCACAGAGAGGCCGAUAUGGCUCAUUGUGGUACUACGCAAAAUGCUAACUAGUAAACAAGUUGACAACACACGAAAAUUAACUACACAAACAACAUUAUGUUCUCUUGUUAUUUUCUAUCUUCCUAUUUACAGUGUUAAGCUAAAUGGUUACAAAUAAACUGAUAUGCAUAG